AUGUACCGGGACCCGGAGGCGGCCAGCCCAGGGGCGCCCACCCGCGACGUCCUGCUGGUCUCGGCCAUCAUCACCGUCAGCCUUAGCGUGACUAUCCUCCUCUGCGGCCUCUGCCACUGGUGUCAGCGCAAACUGGGCAAGCGCUACAAGAACUCCUUGGAGACGGUGGGCACGCCAGACUCGGGGCGCGGGCGCAGUGAGAAGAAGGCCAUCAAGUUGCCCGCAGGAGGGAAGGCGGUAAACACGACUCCAGUGCCCAGCCAGACGCCUCACGAUGACUCUGACCGCCGCACCGAGCCUCGCUCCUCCGUCUCGGACCUCGUCAACUCCCUCACCAGCGAGAUGCUCAUGCUCUCCCCAGGCUCCGAGGAGGACGAGGCCCACGAGGGCUGCAGCCGCGAGAACCUGGGCCGCAUCCAGUUCAGCGUGGGCUACAACUUCCAGGAGUCCACGCUCACCGUGAAGAUCAUGAAGGCCCAGGAGCUGCCGGCCAAGGACUUCAGCGGCACCAGCGACCCCUUCGUCAAGAUCUACCUGCUGCCCGACAAGAAGCACAAGCUGGAGACCAAGGUGAAGAGGAAGAACCUGAACCCCCACUGGAACGAGACCUUCCUCUUCGAAGGUUUCCCCUACGAGAAGGUGGUGCAGAGGGUCCUCUACCUCCAGGUCUUAGACUACGACCGCUUCAGCCGCAACGACCCCAUUGGGGAGGUGUCCAUCCCCCUCAACAAGGUGGACCUGACCCAGAUGCAGACCUUCUGGAAGGAUCUGAAGCCAUGCAGCGAUGGGAGUGGGAGCCGAGGAGAGCUGCUCCUGUCGCUCUGCUACAACCCCUCUGCCAACUCCAUCAUCGUCAACAUCAUCAAAGCCCGGAACCUCAAAGCCAUGGACAUCGGGGGCACGUCAGACCCCUACGUGAAGGUGUGGCUGAUGUACAAGGACAAGCGGGUGGAGAAGAAGAAGACGGUGACGCUGAAGAGGAACCUGAACCCCAUCUUCAACGAGUCCUUUGCCUUCGACGUGCCCACGGAGAAGCUGAGGGAGACCACCAUCAUCAUCACCGUCAUGGACAAGGACAGGCUCAGCCGCAACGACGUCAUCGGCAAGAUCUACCUGUCCUGGAAGAGCGGGCCCGGGGAGGUCAAGCACUGGAAGGACAUGAUCGCGCGGCCGCGGCAGCCCGUGGCCCAGUGGCACCAGCUGAAGGCCUGA